AGGAAAGAUGAAAAUUUCCAUGCAUGUACCUUGUUUUGUGUUGCUCGGGCUGAACGCGGUUGUGAGCUCCUCAAAAAAUGACCAACGAUGUUUUACAGAACAGAAAAGCGUAAACUACUUCCUAUGCUUUAGGCCAACGUGGCAAUUCGAUGACAAGUCUCGAACGUGUGAACGAACCUGCGAUGGAAAAGGGCCCUUCACGUCACCGGACGAAUGCGAUGGACGCUGCCGCAGUGUGGCAGUAUGCGAUGCUCCACGUCCCUUGUCGUCCUGUUUAAAAGUUGCAGCUCAUGCAGUAUUUUACUAUGACCCGAAGACGAGAAAAUGCUUGCGAGGAGAACAGUGCGCGUAUCUGGGCAAUAACUUUCCGACUAUGGCGGAGUGCCAAGAAACAUGCAUAAAACGUCGACAGUUUCAGCUCAUACGCAACCGGUGCCGUGUCCACCCGGACCACGGUCGUUACUGCCUUCUGCCGAACCGGCAUGGAUCAGCCCGAUUCUAUUACGACCCUUACCACGGUCGCUGCUACGGAUUUUGGUACUAUGGCUGUGGGGGCAACCGCAACAACUUCGCGACAAUCCAAGACUGCCUUCAGCGCUGCGCACCGCGCGGAAAAGGUCCCACAGUCGACGACACAGAAGUAGGAACAGGCGUUGUGUUCGAAGGGUGAAAGUUUCAACUUUUCAAUCAGGGCCACAGAAGCGAUGUGGGCCUCCAGUGUGGACCAUCUGGACGACCUUGCACUACCAUCGCUCAUCUGGGCCAGAACCUUGAGCAACCACAUUCAGCACUGACUCACGUCACACCAUGUCUGAGUGACGUAUUACUGUGCGUUCAGAACGUAUUUAUGAAGAACUAUAGAUAAAAAUGUGUUUAAUACAGUUUGGUGGGGCGUUUUUACGGCCCGUUAUCUGAUUUCAUGGCGAUAAUGCUCAUUAAACCAAUUUCUGAAGUGCA